AUGGUUUUGGCAGGUACAUGUACGGAAAGACAUGCGCGCACAGUCACGCAUAUACACAUGCAUUGGGCGGACUGUUGCGAUGUGUCGCGCUCAUUACGUUACGUUACUUGCGUGAGUUGUGGCCUUGUCACUGAUCGUUUGCGAGCUCUUGUUGAGAAAGCUCAGUUUGUCUGCAGUGGCAUCCUGAGGUAG